AUGAAGCUUGACAAGGAUCGCUCGGGAUCAAUUGAUAGAGAAGAAUUCUUGGCCAUUCCACAGAUAGCCAAUAAUCCUCUUGCGUCAAGAAUGAUUGCUAUAUUUGACGAGGAUGGUGGUGGAGAUGUGGACUUUAAAGAGUUUAUUUCGGGGUUGAGCGCCUUCAGUGCGAAAGGCAAGAAAGAUGAGAAAUUAUGGUUCGCCUUCAAAGUCUACGAUAUGGAUCGUGAUGGGUACAUUUCCAAUGGCGAACUCUUUCUUGUUCUCAAGAUGAUGGUCGGUAAUAACCUCAAGGAUAAUCAGCUUCAACAAAUUGUCGACAAGACCAUUAUGGAAGCUGAUAAAGACAUGGAUGGAAAGAUUUCAUUCGAUGAAUUCCGUGCUGUAGUGGAGUCAACAGACAUAGCCAAGAACUUAACCUUGACCGAGUUCUAG